AUGGCGAGUCAGAAAACAGUGACGACGGUGAUCCGGCUGGUGAUCAACGCGGGCCAGGCGAAGCCCGCGCCGCCCGUGGGGCCGGCACUGGGGCAGCACGGGCUGAACCUCAUGGCGUUCUGUAAAGACUUCAACGCGCGCACGCAACACAUCAAACCAGACGUCCCCGUUCCCGCGCUGAUUACUGCAUACUCGGAUCGCUCGUUUGAUUUCAUUAUCAAGUCGCCGCCCACGUCCUACUUCCUGAAGCGGGCGGCGGGGCUGUCUCUGGGCGGAGGGGAGGCGGGGCAUAAAAUGGUCGGCGAGGUGUCCUUAAAGCACGUGUAUGAGAUCGCCAAGAUCAAGCAGCAGGACCCCGGGUGCAGCUACAUUCCUCUCGAAUCCAUCUGUCGAUCAAUUAUAGGAACAGCUAGGUCCAUGGGCAUCCAGGUGAAGAAAUCUCUUGAAGUCCCCAGCAGUACCUAA